AUGAAUGCAUACAAUACUGAAGGAAGGUAUUUAUUAAUAAUCUAUGAAAAGGUAUUUAAAAUAAUUUAUAUAAAGAAUUUAAAAGACAACAAAAAUGAGGAUGUUAAAGUGCCAUCAUUGUUUAUUUUUCGAGAAAGUGGGAAAUGUUCGGAGAAAUUGAUAAAUAAAGAUAAAAUUCGAAAAAAAGGUAAAAAAUUUGGAAAUAUAAUAAAUGAAUUAAUCAUUGAUAAUAUUAUAGGUACCAUUGAAAUUCGAAACGAAUUAUUUUUAUUUGUUGUUGACAAAUGGAAAUUAUUAUGUAAAUUUUUUUAUUUAAAUAAAUAUAGAAGUAUAUAUAAAAUAGAAAAGGUGCAUUAUAUACCGUAUAAUAUAAAUAUAGUUUCCUUAAAUACAAUAAUUAAUAAUGCUCUGAAUGUCGAUGAUAAUUCAACAAAUUAUUUUAUUAAUCAUUUGAGAAAUCAUGAAGAUAUAGGAAGAAAUUUUGAAAUCAUAAAUAACAGUGGUCACAGUCACACAACGAGACAUGAUCUUCAUGAGCUCAGAGGUGAGAAGAACAAAUAUUGUAAGAAUGAUCAACGCAUUCACAAUCUCAAUGACAGAAUUAACAGUUCUGCCAAAAAUACACAUUCCAAUGAUCCUUCCCAUGAACCGUACAGUUCAAACAGUGAAAUUGAAAAGAGUUACCAUAUAGAAGAUGAUAAUAUAUACAAUAAACAUUUUGUAAACCACAAUGGAAAAGUAAAUAAUAAUACAGUUAUUAAUAGACCUAACAAAAUUUCAAAUGAGUUCGAAAUGGGAAUUAAUUCCAUGGAUCAUCGAACGUAUAGAAAUAAUAAUUAUGUUAAAAAAGAGGAGAAAAAUAAAAAAAUUUUAAAUUUUAAUACUGCAAAAAAAUGGCUGACUAAUCAGUUCAAUCAUAAAAAUUUGUUAAAUAUAAUUUCUGACAUAACUAAUUAUGAUGUUAGAGGAAACAGUGAGGGCACGGGAGUAUCAACCUCUCGUGCACGGCGAGGAGGAAGUGUGAAUAGUGGUCCUAGUGCAAACUAUACACAUCGAAGGAUACAGAAAAAUGAGGAAGAAACCAUGAACACGAACUCAUCAACUCUUGAUGAAAACGAAUUUAUGAUGCACAUACUGAAUGAUAAGACAAACACAUCGAGCAGGAACAAUGAAAGCACAGUUAAUAAGAUUGACAGCAAUCAGGAUGUGCUCAAAAGCUUAGGUUCUAGAGAUAAGGCAAAUGGAAGUAAUAUGAACGAUGCCCAUACUAAUGAUAGCAAUAUAUUUUUUUGUAGUAAUAAUAACAUGAAUAAAGAAUCAUAUGGAAACUAUGCGAAUGAGAUAAAUAUGAGACACAAAGAUCCUGUUGAUUCUCCAAAAAUAAACAUAAACCUAAUUGAUGAUUUGUUUGAGGAUAACCAUAAGGACAAUGAGAAAGUAUCUAUUUCUAUGGUUGAAAAUGAUAAUAAAGAAAAUCACUUGAACAGUGUACUCUGUGAUGACAUGAAGGAGUUAUGUUCCAUGGAAGAGAGAAAUUUCAAGAACCACCUUCAGGAUCAUAGAAAUGUUCAAAAUUAUCCUGAUCUGGGACCAGCUGUAGCUGAGCCCAAUAUGAAAGAUGGUGGAAUAGAAAUAGGAAUAGAAGAAUCUCAGAAUGAGACAUACUCGAAGAAAAAUAACUAUAGUAAUUACGAUAAAUUGAUGUGUGUUGCCCAUGAUGAUCAGAAAGGAGCACUAACUCUUUCUAUGAAUGAAAGUGAAAACUGUAACGAAAUGCAAGAACAGAAGUAUAAGUUAAAUGAUAAAAAUAACGGAAUGCGAAAUGUUUCCGAAAAUAAUGCAACUGGAAAGGAAGGAAAUAUAAAGGACCUUAUAAAUAACUCUUACUUUAAUGUAAGGAACAGCGUUGUAACAUUAGAUAAUGUAGAAAAUAAUGAGAAGAGGAAUUCACACCGUCUUAAUUUGAAAAAUCCAAAUGAUGAAAAUAUUAAAGGGGAUGAGAAAAAAAUGAAUAUUAAAAUGGAUAUGCAUAAAAUGUUAAAAAUGAUUCAAAAGAUUUUGACUAUUCAUAUGUAUUAUUCGUAUGAUUAUGACCUAACACAAUGUAUUCAAAAAAAAAUGAAGAAAAAUAUUGAAGAGAUAGAAGUACAACCCAUACUUACUUCUUCAAGAACACAUGGGAAAAAAAAAUCAUUUUUAAAAGUAAAUGAAAAAAAUUUUAUGUGGAAUUAUCAAAUGAUAAAAAAAAUUAAAAGUAAAUGUAAAAUAGAUGAUAACUGGUUUUGUUCAGUUAUUCAAGGGUAUAUAUCGUACACUUCUAUUGAAAUAAAUAGAAGGUGUUUGGAACUACUUCUGAUAAGUCGUCGUUCAUCUGUCUUGGGAGGCACACGAUUUAAUAAAAGAGGAAUAAACGAUGAUGGAUAUGUGGCUAAUUAUGUUGAAACGGAGCAAAUUAUCAGGAUUAAUAGUGGAAAUAUUAAUUAUUUGACUCGAUUCGACAAAAUAAAUUUGAUUGGAGAUAGUGCCAAAAAGCAGAAUGUAAAUUUCGCCAAAGGAAUCACUGAAUUGGAUACUCAUAAUAACAUUCAUGUUAAUAAGUUUAUGGAACUAGAAAUUAACAGCACACAGGAGAUAACCCAGCAUGAGAUGGGACAUCACAGGAAUGUCCAUUCUAACAUAGGAAAGGACUUGGAGGGAGAUAAAUCAGAACAAAAUUAUAGGAAAAGGUAUAAUCCAUUGAAUGAAGGGAAGAAAGGGCAAAAUGAGAAGCGUGAUUGUGCAAUUGGUCAUAACAUCCAAAGCAUUGCUAACGAGGCGAUUAACCCAGUUGACAAUAAAACAUCAUUUAACGAUGUUCAUAACGGGUCUGAUCAGGCGAAUAAUCAGGCGACUACCUAUGGCACCAAUGACGGCUCCAAUCACGGGGAUAAUUCAGAAAAUGGCAUUGGAAGCCAGGACCAAAUGUACAGAGAGAGCAAUCUCGAGAACAGAAUAAUAUCGCUAGUCCAGAUAAGAGGAUCGGUGCCACUAUUCUGGAAGCAGCACUCCAUGUCAUCUCAUGUGAAUAUACAGAGAUCAUCCCUGUUAAGCAUAAAGGCAUUUAAGGAGCAUAACAAGAAGUUAAUCAACAAUUAUGGAAAUAACAUAUACUACAUAAACUUAUUGAGUCAGAAUAAAGGGAACGAAAAGAAGUUGACAAAAAAAAUGAUUGAAAUGAUAAAUUAUAUUAAAAAGGAUAAGUAUUACAAGGAAAGAGAUUUUAUAAAUUAUAUCGAAUAUGAUUUUCACAUUUCUGUGAAAAACAAAAGUUUUGAAGAUGCUAUGAACGAUUUUAUAAAUAAAGUAUUGCUUAAGGAGAUAAAAAACGUGUCUUUUUUCAUGGAACCAUUGAGGAGUGCAGAAGUGAAUGCAAUCAAUUUGAAUGCAGACAUGAGUAGUGGCAGUGCUAACAAUAAGGACAAUAAUAAUAAGAAGAACGACAGCAAUGGGAGCAACAUCGAAGGAAGCAAUAUCAAAGGAAGCAACAUCGAAGGAAGCAAUAUCAAAGGAAGCAACAUCAAAGGAAGCAACAGCAAUAGUGGUAACAACUAUUUGGGGAAUAACGAAUCGUCCAUAUAUCAAAAUGGAGUUUUUAGAACCAACUGUUUAGACUGCCUAGACAGAACGAAUGUGUUCCAGUAUUACUACACCUUAUUUUUUAUCCUUUACGUUCUGCAUGUUUCGAAAAAUGACAUAUUUUUAAAACCAGUAAAAAAAUCCUACUUGUGUUUCUACAAAAAUUUUAAUACCAUGUUUAAUAAUAAGAGUGUAACUAUUCUGACGACACUUCCGACGGACAAUUACUUGCUUGAAUUUUCUGAGAAGUAUGGCAUAAAUAAUAAUUACGAACAUAGGAAGAGAAGCAGUAACAAUAGUAGUGGUGCACUUGAAGAAUUUUGCUAUGUUGAUGGGGAAGGAAGUAUUAACAGUGGCAGCAUUGCAAAUAAUAUAAGCAACAUGCACAGUCGUUGUAGCAUGCACAGUGGUAGUGGCAUGCACAAUGGUAGUGGCAUGCACAAUGGCAGCAGCAUACACAAUGAUAGUAGCAGCUAUCAUAAUGGUAGCGAGAAGAGGGAAUGUCUGAAAAAUGAAAUAAUGAACCGAAUGGAAAAAGAAGAAAAGCAACACCGAAUGGGAUACAAUAAUUACGAACGGGAAAAUGAAAAAAAAAUGAGUAAUAGACCAGAACAAUCAGAUGAAUAUAUACACAUUUUAAAACAUUUCUUUAAAAAAAUGUGGGUAGAAAAUGGUGAUAUUAUUAGCACCCAUUACACAGGAACAGGUAGCGUUUUCUCAUCCCAAAUAAAUGUUGGAAGAUCGUCAUUAAGUACUAAUAUUGAUCAUGCAAUUAAAUCCAUAGAAAGGUUUUAUCAAAACAAUUUUGAAGAUAAUUUUAGACAGGAAUGUAUCGAUAUUAUAUUAUGCACAGGUAAAUAUAGCAAAACGAAAAGGAAAAAUUUCAUAGGUGGAGAUUUUAAUUAUUUCUUAAAUUAUGGUAACUUUAUGAAUAAAGACACUUUUCUCAGUUUAAGAGGUAAAAACAUAGGUCUCUCUAUACCAUAUCUACCAUAUGGGAGAAGUUUGCAAAUGAAUAAUGAAAAACUUCAGCAUGAACAGCAACAUAAUAACUCUAAAAACAAGCAUGAAAAGGUAAGAAGUAAAAAUAAAGCAUUCGAAUUAAGCAGCAGUAAUAGUGAUUCUAGUGAAAAAAACACAUAUUCUAACAGUAGUGUUUUUUCACAAGACGACGAAGGGAGCAUGCCAAGAGAAGGAAAAAAGCAGGUAAGAAGUUGUGCGAAGAACAAAAAUGUUGACAAAAAAAAGUUGGAAGGAAAGAAAGCCAAAGAGAAAUGUUUGGAGGAAAAUGAUAAAACGGGGAAAGAUAUAUAUUCCCAUGAUGGUGAAGUGAAAGAGAAGGAAGAGAAGGAAAAUCAUGAAGGAGAAUCGGAAGAAGUUGAUGAUUAUAACAAACAAUUGCAGACACAAUUAUCACAACAUUCUAAACAUUUGACAAAAUCUUUUAAAUCGUUAAAGUCCUUGAAACGGGUCAAACUGAAGAAAUCGAAGAAGAAAAUUUUGGCGAAUGAAAUGCAAGAUUCAUUGGUAGACAGCGGAAGCAAGACGUACGAAUUUGUUGAGGAGGAUAAAAACACUCAGAAGCAGUCGAAGAGGGAAAAAUCGCAUGUGAAAAAAACUAAAUCCACUAGCGAUGUUAACACACGAUCAAAUGUAAAUAAUGACAGCAGUACAGAUAGUUCGAUAAAUGGGAAGAGCAGUAUUAGUAGUAGUACUACUAGUAACAGUAGUAGUACUGACAAUAGCGUACAAAAAAGGAGGAAAAAGAAAAUGAGAAGAAAAUAUAAUAACAAAAAGAGUAAGGAAAAAAAGAACAAAAGCGAUUUAGUGUAUAUGAAAAAUUUAUAUAAAAAGAAAAAUUAUAUAUAUAACAUUCGAAAUAGAAAUAAGUAUAGCGAUUAUUUAAAUCAUGAUCUUAUAAAUCAUUACUACAUGGAUUUUGACGAUUCUAAAAUUUCAAACUCUUAUAGAAAAAAAAAAAUGAUGAAUAAUGAUUAUGAAGAGAAGAUAGUAAAAUUGUGGGCAGGUACUUGGAACUUGUGUGGAAAUGAUUUAUAUGAAUUGAAUGAUAUAUCGUCAUGGUUGAAUCAGAUUAAUGAAUGUAUUGACAUGUAUGUAUUUUGUUUUCAAGAAGUGGUAGAAUUGACAGGGUUUAGAAUUUUGAUGAAUAUGAAAGACAAAUUUAAAGAGAAAAAAAUAGAGCAGAAAAUUACACAAUCUUUGGCUGAAAUAUCGCAAAGACAGAAAGAAAUGUAUAUUAGAAGCAAAAUUGGCACCAGUGCAUACUUUGAAAAUGGAACAAUUAACAAAACGAAUGAAAGACAUAUGGACAGUACUAAUCACGGGGCGUACACUCCAGCCAACACCUACGAUGACUAUAAGUGCACUAACAACCACCCAAUGAAUAAGGAAGAUUAUUACGAAGAUUAUUUGAAAUGUUUUAAUGAAGCGUUCGUGUGUGAUGGGGAUCCUAGCAUGGGAAAAGAUUCCCACAUAGGUAUUGGCACCAACGGUAUGCACAACGAAAGAAGAAAAGGAUCUGAGAAAGAGGUAAGAAAAAGCAUCGAUCAGAAUGGGGUCCUUGAUAUUUCUAAAAGUUGCUUUUUGAACAAUUACUUUAACAAUUUAGAGAAGGAUGAGCUACAACAGGUGAAGCAGAAUGAGAAAGAACAGGUGCUAGAGCAAGGCCAGAAUAAGAGCAUCAGUACGCCAAACUUGUAUUCUCAGAAUGAUCAGAGGAAGUCGUUCAAUCUGAACCUUAUUGAAGAGGACCACUUAAAUGAUCAAAGGAAAAAAAGCGAAAAUUUAAUUUUUUUACAUGAACAUUCAGAAAAGAAUGAACUAUUGGAAAAGGCAAACUCAAAAAAUAAUACAAAUAAUAAACAUAAUAAAAGAAAUCAAAGUAAUAACAUACUAAAUCUUUUAGAGUUUCGGGACAGUAAUGGUUGUAACCUUUUAGGAGAUCAUAUAUUAAAAAGUAAUGAUACUAAUAUUAGUUCCAAUAUAAAUGAAGUUUUUGAGAAUACAUCUUUGAAUAAUUCAAAUAAGAAGUUACACGAUUCUUUAUACAAUAGUGGAGAUAUUUUUAAUCAGCUUGAUAAUGGAAACAGUAUAAAUAAUGAUGAUGAAGAUGUUGCUGUUAAAGGGUCGAAUGAUAAAAAAAAUUUCCAUAAUUUGAAUCAUGUAAAUAUGGACAAUAUAGGGAAGAAUAAAGACGUUGAGAAAUGUAAAAUGGAGAGAAGACAACAUAGCAAUAGCAAUAGGAAACAGGUUGUAGAACCCUGUGUUGACAAUUACAAAAGAUAUGACAAAAUGGAAUAUCAGAAAAAAAGGGGCAUCAAAAGUUUUAACAUUUCAACUAUUCAUGAUGUUUUUGACGAAAGUAAUAAUUGCAACACACCUAAUUUGAUACAUUUGGAAAAUGAUAAGUUUGAUGACAUACAUAUGGGCAUGCAUGAACGGGCCAACAGUGUAAAUACGCAUAAUCAUAGAGAAGGAAAAAACAUUCAGAGGUGUGGCUCGGAUGAAUACAGUGGGUGUAGAAAUGAACAUGAUGGUCAUGGUAGUGCACCUUGUAACAAUGAAAAAAUGUCGUUAGAAAAUAAUGGCGAUUUUUUGAAGAAUGAAUCAAACAAAUACUUUUUAAAUUUAAAAAAAUUUAAAUAUGUGAAGCUAAAGUCAGUAUCCAUGAUAGGAUUGUUUAUUAUAAUUUUCAUUGAUGAAGGGUUAGUUGACUAUAUAAGAGAAAUAGAAGUGUGUAAGGUGAAGGUUGGUUUAAAAGGUAAUACAGGGAAUAAAGGAAGUGUAUCCAUAAAAUUUCGAUUAGGCUUUAACUCCUUCUGUUUUAAUAAUAUCCAUUUAGCAUCAGGGCAAACAAAUAUUUUUGAAAGAAAUAGCCAGAUGCAAAGUAUACUAAGUAACAGUUUUCAGAACCAAGAAUUAAAUAACUUAUUUAACUUCGAUUAUUUUUUUGCGUGUGGAGAUUUUAAUUUUAGAAUUAAUAAAAGUCAUGAAGAAGUUUUCAACUCAAUUGCAAAAAAAAAGGCAAAUCAGCUAUUAAAUUAUGACCAGUUCAUAUAUAAUAAGUUGUAUAACAUUCUCCCAUUUUGCCUUUUUUAUGAGCACCCUAUUAUGUUUAACCCGACCUACAAGUACAAGAAAAAUUCAAACAUGUACGACGUGAGGAGGACUCCAGCAUGGUGCGAUAGGAUAUUAGUAAGCGGGAAAUUAAUACAUCUGUCGGAGAUGGAGAAGAAGAGGAAAGAACAUAUGGCACAAAUGUUCAAUUCUGAGAAAGAAGACCCAAGUAAAGGUGCACAUAGAGACAUGGAUGAUCAUAGGGACAACAGUAAAAAUAGUCAGGAAAGGAAAAUGCAUCAGUUAAAGCAGCAGAGCAAAGAAUUCGGCAGCAACAAAACAGAGGAUUAUAAUGCGAACGAUUUUUAUCAUAAUGAUAAAAUAUAUUUUAAUUACUUAAAUUAUAAGACACACAAUAAUUUUUUUUCAAGCGAUCACAAGCCUGUGAGUGCAAUUAUAGAAUUAAAAGUAUUUUUUGAUAAAAAGGAUAUUGAAUAUAAACUUCUUAAUUCGUAUAGUCUUAGAACAAAUGACGAAUUCGUUAAUUUGGCCAAAAAUUCCAGCAAUACUAGUAAUAGUAGUAACAAUAAGAAUAAUAAUUUAUUGGAUUACUUUUUUCCCAAUAAUUAUGGUUUAAGCAAAUAUACUGUGUAUCCAAUCUCUCAAAUUUUAAAUUACUCAAACAAUUUAAAUAACAAAUUUAAGAACGAAAUGAAUGAACAUUCAUUCCACCAAGAUGCGAUAAAAAAUAUAGAACAGCUCGAUGAUCUUUCUUGUGCUAAGUAA